AUGGCGGCCAUUGUUGAAAUAAUAUCUGGCGCUGCAGCUUUCUCGGAAUUCCGGAGCAAAGGUCUUGCUAGUCAAAUAGGAGCCAAGGACGUUCAGGGCCAGUUCUUGCACUAUGUCGACUUAUUUAAACCGCUGCAACCGGACGACAAGGCUUUACUCGAGCGACUGCUGACUGAUGGGGUGAAAGAGCAACCGCAGGAGGAUAACACGGACAACAUCCAGACGUUCUUUGUCAUACCAAGACCGGGCACAAUAUCGCCAUGGAGUUCCAAAGCCACCAACAUAACUCAUGUCUGUGGGCUGAAGUCAGCUGUAAGACGAAUCGAGCGAGGCAUACGCGUUACCGUUACCUUGAAAGACGGAGAAAGCGUUGACAAGUCCAAGCUGGAUUUCCUCCACGAUCGCAUGACGGAAACAAUAUCCGAGACUGAGCCCAACCUCGAGCUGACCUUCGCUCAACAAGCUCCGGGAAAGCUCGGAGUAUAUGAUCUCGAUGGGAAUGACCGGACACCCGUCGAUAUACUGAAGGAGCUCAACGUCAAGCUUGGCCUCGCGUUGGACGCAUCAGAGAUCCAGUACCUUGUGGAGGCCUAUGCAAAGAACGGUCCCGUGGGAAGACCACCUACGGAUGUCGAACUCUUCAUGUUUGCUCAGGUCAAUUCAGAACAUUGCCGACAUAAGAUCUUCAACGCCAGCUGGACUAUUGACGGCGAGUAUAAGCCCAACACCCUAUUUGGCAUGAUCCGCAACACACAUCGAAAGCAUCCCGAGUCAACUGUCAGCGCCUACAGCGACAAUGCCGCAGUGUUAGAGGGCUUCCAGGGCAGUCAGUGGACACCAGACGAAUACUCGUUGCAAUGGAAGCCCACAAAGGAAAUGGUGCACUACCUCGCCAAGGUCGAGACACACAACCAUCCAACAGCUGUAUCGCCAUUUCCGGGUGCCGCCACUGGUUCAGGAGGCGAAAUUCGCGAUGAAGGUGCAGUAGGUCGUGGUUCGAAGCCUAAAGCUGGGCUUUGUGGCUUCACUGUCUCAGAUCUCCUGAUACCAGAUCACAAACAAGCGUGGGAGCUCGACUACGGGAAGCCAAACCAUAUUGCGAGCAGUCUAGACAUCAUGAUAGAAGCACCCAUCGGCAGUGCAGCAUUCAACAAUGAGUUUGGCCGACCCUGUACUACUGGUUACUUCCGAACACUACUCACAGAGGUUGACAAUGAGGUCCGAGGCUACCACAAGCCAAUCAUGAUUGCAGGUGGAGUUGGCACGGUGCGGCCACAGCUUGCUUUGAAGGACCCAACUAUUGUCAAACCCGGCUCACAUCUGAUCGUUAUGGGCGGCCCAGCAAUGUUGAUUGGCCUUGGCGGAGGUGCAGCUUCCAGUAUCGCUUCGGGCGAAGGUUCGGCAGAGUUGGACUUUGCAAGCGUUCAACGCGGCAACCCCGAGAUGCAGAGGCGGGCUCAAGAAGUGAUCAAUGCGUGUGCAGCGCUCGGUACACAUAAUCCGAUACUGUUCAUUCACGACGUGGGAGCUGGAGGCCUGUCAAACGCUUUGCCGGAACUGGUCCACGACUCUGGUCUUGGUGCAACAUUUGAACUACGCGACGUCGAUAAUGCCGACGGCUCGAUGAGCCCGCUCCAGAUAUGGUGCUGCGAAGCUCAGGAAAGAUACGUCCUCGCUGUUGCGGACGAAGGCCUGAACAAAUUUCGUGCCAUUGCAGACCGCGAAAGGUGCCGCUACUCCGUUGUCGGACAGGCAAAGGGCGUCCAAAACUCGGAUACUAAUCGUCUAGUCCUUCGUGAUCGGGAUAAUGAGCGUAACGAUGCUCAGCCGCCAAUAGAUCUGCCCAUGUCAGUGCUGUUCGGAAAGCCACCCAAGAUGAGCCGCACGGACACCAGUGUGCAGAAGCGUCUACCAGUAUUGGACAAUACGCUCAAGCUGUACCUACCCGGCCUGGAUGAGAAAGCAAUCCUGCACGAGGCAGUGAGUCGUGUGCUCCAAGUCCCGGCUGUGGGCAGCAAAUCGUUUCUCAUCACCAUCGGUGACCGGACUGUUGGUGGCUUGACUGCGAGAGACCAGAUGGUUGGUCCUUGGCAGACCCCUGUUGCAGACGUGUCGGUGACAGCGACGUCACUGACAUCCGGCAUUAAGACUGGCGAAGCAAUGGCUAUGGGCGAGAAACCGACUCUCGCUCUGAUAUCUGCUGGCGCUUCCGCUCGAAUGGCCGUGGCAGAGUCGCUGAUGAAUUUGACGGCUGCGGAUCUGCCAGAUCGACUUCGCCAAGUCAAGCUCUCCGCAAACUGGAUGUCAGCAUCUAGUACUCCCGGUGAAGGAGCCGCCAUAUACGAGGCGGUAGAAGCUAUUGGCAUGGAACUAUGUCCUGAGCUUGGAAUCGCCAUACCUGUCGGGAAAGAUUCCAUGUCGAUGAAGAUGAGAUGGAAAGACCAGCAAACCCAAGAGGCUAGAGAAGUGACUGCUCCACUGUCCGUCAUCAUCUCGGCUUUCGCUCCUGUGCUUGACGUGCGAAAGACUUGGACUCCACAGCUUCGCAGGUACUCAGAAGUGGGUGAGACCACGUUGUUCUUCGUUGAUCUAGGCCUCGGACAUCGUGCGAUGGGUGGCUCGAUACUGGCCCAAGCAUUCAAGCAGAUUGGAGAUGAAGCACCCGACAUUCGCUCGGUUGACCUUUUCAAGGACUUUUUUGAUGCGACACAGAAGAUGCACGAGCAAGAUCUCGUUCUUGCGUAUCAUGAUCGUUCAGACGGAGGGCUCUUCACUACGCUAGCAGAGAUGGCGUUUGCCGGUCGGUGCGGAUUGGAACUCAUGAUCAACGAAAUCUGUCCUUCACCGAAUCUGGAGGACGUCAUCCCAACGCUGUUCAACGAAGAGCUCGGAGCUGUCUUCCAAGUCCGCAAAGCUGAUGAGCAGAAGUUUAAGGCAUGCUUCGCCACCUGCGGCCCGCCGCCAGGGCUCAUACAUAAGAUUGGGCGCGUUUCGACCAAAGACUCGUCCCAGAACAUGGCAAUAUACCACGGCGGCAGGCUAGUGUACAGAGCAAGCCGCACUGAGCUACAGCAACUCUGGUCAAAUACAUCUUACUGGAUGCAACGCAUACGAGACAAUCCAUCUUGCGCCGAUUCGGAAUACGAAGGCAUCCAGAACGAUGACGACCCGGGCUUGUCGUAUAACCUUGGCUUCAGUCCCAAAGAGAACAUCAGUACUUACAAAGCCUCCGCGUUGUCCCUGAUCCGACCAUCUGCUCGACCUCGUGUCGCCAUUCUCAGAGAUCAAGGCACUAAUGGUCACGCCGAAAUGGCCUUCGCAUUCGACGCCGCCGGCUUCACCGCCAUUGACGUUCACAUGUCCGAUCUGCUUACUCCACAGUCCAACCGCGCCCAUCUCGGCCCUCAAGUUGACCUUUCGAGCUUCUCCGGUCUCGCCCUCUGCGGCGGCUUCAGCUUCGGUGACUGCUUAGGCGCCGGCCAGGGCUGGGCCAAGUCCAUCCUCUUCCAUCCCACCACUCGAGCAAAGUUCGAGGCCUUCUUCAAGCGUCCUGACACGUUCACACUUGGUGUCUGCAACGGUUGCCAGGUGCUCAGCAAGCUCAAGGAGUUGAUUCCUGGAGCAGAGAAAUGGCCAAGCUUCGAGAGAAACGAGUCGGAGCAGUACGAGGCGCGGUUCGCCAUGGUCAAGAUCACUGAUCCGCCUACAUCUGCCAACAUGAGACCCAGUGUUUUCUUUCACGGUAUGAGCGGCUCCUCGUUCCCGAUCCCAGUCGCACAUGGAGAAGGACGAGCUAGCUUCACGAAGUCGCCUUCGCUGCCUACUGAGAAGAAACAAUAUGAUGCAACCCAAGCUGCUGCAUUGGGCGCAGAACACCUUGCUCCUAUCCGAUAUGUGGACAACAAGAGUCUGCAGCCAACCACUGUCUAUCCGUUCAAUCCCAACGGUAGUCCAGAGGGCAUAGCCGCUGUGCGCAGCUUGAUGGCCGUGUUCUGGCCAUGA